AUGGAUGGAAUGGCGGCGGCUUUAACAAGAAAUCCAGCAGGCCUGGUUGUAAGGCAAGAUUGGUGCAAAAAUGAGGGGGGUUACUGCAGCAGCAGGGCGGGGGGCAAGAAUCUGCAGGUGGUCGGGAUGUCGUGGGGUGGUCGGAAGAUGUACGGACGGCGUGGAGGCGGCGUGAGAGUUAUUAUUAAGGGGAACAUGGAGGGUUGCAGCAGCAGCAGCAGUAGUAGUAGCGGUGGUGGUGUGGCGGGGAAGAAAGUGAACGGGGUGAAUCGGGGUGAUCUGUUUCUGGAGCAAAGGAGCAAUGAGUUGGUGAUAGGUGGGGGGGAUGGGAACCUGGUGGAUAAUGAGUACCUGCUGGGGAGAUUCGUGGAGGAUCGGUUCGUGUUCAGACAGUCGUUUGUAAUAAGGUCGUAUGAAAUUGGGCCCGACAAAACGGCUACCAUGGAGACCCUCAUGAACCUCCUCCAGGAGACGGCGUUGAAUCAUGUGGCGAUGUCGGGGUUGGCCGGAGACGGGUUCGGCGCCACCCGUCAGAUGAGCAUCAGGAAGCUGAUAUGGGUGGUCACCAGAAUACAUGUCCAAGUCCAAAAAUACAGUUCCUGGGGAGAUGUGGUGGAGAUCGACACGUGGGUAGACGCGGCGGGGAAGAAUGGGAUGCGGCGAGACUGGAUCAUUCGGGAGUACAACACCCAGAAAGUCAUUACCAGAGCCACCAGUACGUGGGUGAUCAUGAACCGAGAGACCAGAAGGCUGAGCAAAAUGCCGGACGAUGUGAAAAGCGAGCUUCUUCCGUUCUUCUUCAACAGGAGAGCGAUAGUGGAGGGCGAAGAAGACACGACGAGGGACAACAUCGACAAGCUCACUGACCAAACUGCAGACGCCAUUAAGACAGGCCUCGCUCCACGGUGGAGCGACAUGGACGCCAAUCAGCACGUCAACAACGUCAAGUACAUUGGCUGGAUUUUGGAGAGUGUGCCUAUAAACAUCCUGGAAAAUUACUACAUGAGAAGCAUGACACUGGAGUACCGCCGCGAAUGCCGCCAGAGCAAUCAGCUCCAAUCCUUAACCAAGACCAAACCUGCCAAUAUCCCACCCGACCAUCAUCAACAACAACAAGAAUGGGAGUGCACGCAUCUGCUUCAAAUGGAAGACAAUAAUGCCGAGAUUGUUCGCGGAAGGUCCAUCUGGCAAACCAAAAUAAAUACUCAACGAACCAACCCAACCAGGCCUCUCUUAAUUAAUUAA